AUGCCUCGUUCUACAAAGUCAUCUGACUCGUAUGAGUUGCACGGUCGCUCGAAAGAAGCCUCUUCCGUAGCAUUACCAGGUGAAAAUGGCGUAUUCACUGCCGAUAAAGAUGCCUCGAAAACAGAAGCCGGUCCCAGUGGCUGGGGAGGGGAUAACGACACGUCACAGUAUCCAUCUGGACUUCAAUUUGCACUCAUCAUAUUCUCCCUAUUCCUUUCUGUCUUUAUCGUUGCCGUCAGCCAAACCGUUCUCGCCACGGCAAUCCCGACCAUCACGAGCGCGUUCGAUAGUUUCCAUGACAUCGCAUGGUACAGCACCGGCGAGCAGAUCACCGCCGUCGCGAUGCAACUUCCUUUCGGACGGGCAUACACAUUGGCAAACAACAAGUGGGUAUUACUGGUAUCUAUCAUUAUUUAUCUUGCCGGUAGCGCCAUCUGUGGAUUUGCGCCUGUGUCCGUCGUUCUGAUCAUCGGAAGAGUCAUCCAGGGCGUGGGUAUGGCCGGUGUCUUCGGAGGCUCCUUCAUCGUCCUGGCUCGCGUGACUCCGCUCAGGAAGCGGAGCUUGUUCGCCGGUCUCUUCGGGGCAGUGUAUGCAAUUGCAAGUGUUAUCGGUCCAAUCAUGGGCGGCGUGAUGACUACCAGAGCCUCUUGGAGAUGGUGCUUCUGGUUCAACCUUCCCAUCGGUGCGGUGGUGAUUCCGACGAUAAUCUUUUGCUUGCCUGGUUCCUUGGGGACCACAUCUGCAACUGUGAAGGACAAGACGUGGAAAGAGAUAUUCAUGAAACUCGACCCGCCGGGGACUGGCUUGCUCCUGACGUCUCUGGUCUGCCUUAUGCUGGCCCUGCAGUGGGGCGGAAGUCAGUACGAUUGGAGUGACGGUCGCGUUAUCGCCGUCUUGGUCGUUUUCGCUGCGACUAUCCUGCCUUGGAUGGCCAUUCAAUACUUCCAAGGUGAUGAUGCUACCGUCCCUCUGAGCAUUUUGAGACAGCGAUCAGUUGCAGGCUCCAACCUGUACCUACUUUUCCUUAACGGAGCUUUCGGUGUCUUCGUUUUCUUCCUCCCCGUCUGGUUCCAGUCUAUCAAUGGCAAUAGUGCCCAGUCAUCUGGCUUCAAGCAAAUAGCGUUGUGCAUCAGCACUGCCGUUGCAUCGAUCGUUGCUGGCGGACUGGUUGUCGCUCUCGGGUUCUACAACCCUUUCAUCAUCGUCGGUUCAAUGUUGGUCACAGCUGGAUCAGCCCUCUAUAUGGUUAUCAAGCCAGAUGCUACUCUCGGGAUGGUGAUUGGGGCUCAGAUUCUCGUUGGCGCGGGUGUUGGAGCCGGUUCAGAGCAAGCAAACGUUGCCGUCCAGACUGUGUUGCCAAGCGAAAAGAUUGCCAAGGGCACAAGUCUCACGCUCUUCACCAGAUUGCUUGGUCUUGCAUUAUCUGUACCGAUUGCUCAGAGCGUCAUCCAACAAGAGCUCGUUAAGCCGCUUGGUCCGUCUCUCGCUCGUGCUGUCUACAGUGACGGCGGAGCUCUAGAUCUGCGCAUGAAACUGCAAACGAUGUUUGGAGACAAUACUCCAGCGUUUCAAAAGGCUCUCAGUGGGGUAAACUACGCCAUCACGAGGAUAUUCAUGCUAGCUAUGAUAUUGGCCGCUAUCUCGUUUCCCUUCGGCCUUCUCGUGGAAUGGAAGAGUGUCAAAAAGGAGAAAAGAGCCGAGGAGGACCUGAAGGAAAGGGGACGCGAUGCAUAG